AUGUCUGAUAACUUUGGUAGGCAGAAAUCAGCUAGGUGGGUCAAAGCUACUGUCCCAUCUUACGGCGAUGAAUGGGGAGAAGAUUAUAACAAUGACUUCGAGUACGCGUCGCUGACCACAGGUAGUGAAGAAGACAUAAAUAAACGAUAUCCGAUUGAUAAAACGAACUAUAGCACUGAAAAGGGAAGUGAUGAUCUAGUGUUAUCUAUAGAUAGGUUGAAGAGAAACACGGUUUACGCUGACUCGUCAUCUGAGGAUGAAAUGCCCGAUAUUGUAGAUGAGACUGUUCUCUCGAAUAAUAGCCACGAACAGAUGUCACAACAUGAAUCUGACACGAGCAGUGGCUCAAAGGGAAAGGUCCAAGGUGGGAGUAACAAAUCAAGCUUACAAAAUUUAAAUAUGGAGUCUACCAAGAUAUCUGACAACUUGGAACCUCCUACUCCAACUUAUAAUUCGUUUGACUUGCAUAAGGAGCCAGACACCCCUAAUUCUGAAGUAAGCUUCCAAUCAAGCGCCGAUUCUAUUCAGCAUGAACCAGCUAAUAUCAAUAUUAUGAGUUCUGGUUCUGCGUAUUCAAGAAAUUUAUCAGGUUCUGUGAAUCGAGACAUACUACCAAAUACACUUGGAUCACAUCCUGUCGAGGGGAACGAGCAUCGUGGGUUUGACGAAGUUUUGGAAACAGGAAACAAGAAAAGACCAGAAAGAGAUGAAGUAGAUGAAAUUGGCAAUUUGAAACUUUCAAUAGACGACAAAAAGUCUGACAAUGAUAGUGACGAGUCAAGUGUAAACUGGGAAGUAAAUAAGAGUUAUGGUAAUGGGUCUGAUGAUGACAAAGAAGAUGCACUGGACGAUUCACAGUUUGAUUUCGAGCCUUUAUCUAUUAAAAGCCGAGAAGAAGGAACAGAUGAUUCAAGUCAUCAUAAAAGGAUUCAAACAGAUGCUUUAGACUCGCUUAUCAAUGACUUAAAAAGUGCAUCUAUUAACAAUAAUCAUACAUACACAUUCGCUAACGAUGGGCCUGACGUAAAAGAUACGGCAAGUAUUGGCUUGGAUAGUAUGCAUUCAGAUAACGACUUCAAAAGCAGCCUUCUCCUGCAAUCAAAGAAUAGAGAUUUAUCCAAUUCUAGUGAAGGACGUUUUUCUUCAGACCAGAAUGAAUAUGGGAAAGAACCAAUUGGUGAUACUGCUCAACAACAUACGUUUCGUACGACAAGACGUUCUGUAAGAAAACCACCUCCGAGUCGAGAGAACCUUAUAUCAAUCGACUAUUCACACAUCGCCGAUGCUGUGAGCGGCUACAUAGGAGAUGAUGCUAGCAUUGCUAGCAGAGACACCGAUUAUACAUUAGAGGAUAGGGGAAUAUCAUCACCUGGCCCCUAUGUCCAGUCAAUUUUAUCAUCUGGCUCGUUAUCCACUGGAAAAAUUUCUAUUAAUACUAAUGGAGAUCCUGCUCAUGUUGAUACAUCUAGCACCGGAAGUGAUAAAGACACUGUCUCGAGAAGAGUAUCUCAGAUGAGUACUAAUACCUUCAAUUUGGGUAACUGGAAACCUAAUACUACCAACUUCCGGGAUCAAUUUAUUAAUGAUAAUGAUAAUGAAUCUAACAUGAAUUUCAACCCCUAUACUCAAGAAUCUAAUAAUAAUUAUGCUGAGUUUACGAAGGGAGGUUCUACUGAGGGCUUUGAUAUGGUAUCUAAUAAUAGCUCCGUAUCUGUACCCGAGACAAUAGAUGCAGCCUUACCAGAUAUUGAUGAAGGACUCGACGAUGAUCAUGAUACCAUGCACUCGGACAGAACAAGUAGUGAUAAAAGCUCUCGCGAUAUUGGAUCUUAUUCAUUUUCUGAAACACAAUUUACUGAUGAUUCCAUAUUGAAGGAGCAGCCACAUCCCCCGGCCAUAUUCAAAGAGGAACGAUCUACACCAAACAAUUCUAGGGAGAAAUUAAACGGAAAGGAAUCAGGACAGAAAUAUUCAAGCUUGUUACCUGCCUUGGAACCUACGAAUGACAAAGAUUCUAAGCUUGAGAUAAACAAAAGAUCGGACAACAAAGAAUUAGACCCCAACGAACCUUCCUCGUCCAUAGAUUUUGAAAAUCGAAUUGUCAGUUCGUCAACGACUGGGAGCUCUAUUAUUGCUGCGCGAGAGAGAUCUAGUAGCAAAAGUAAGAGUUCUUCGUCUCAAAAGUAUCCUCCUUAUAGGUGGAAAGAAAUUAUGAAUAUUUCUCAACCAAUCGAUAGGAUCGCGGCACUAAAGGAUGCAUCAGAUAAGGAAUCUGCAUAUGAAACAGGGCUAAAGCAGUGGUUGAAUGAAACUUUGAAGCAAUCAGAGGUGUCUUCAAACUUACAUAUUGGUAAAAUUGCUUCAGAGGCAUAUCAAAAUGCUACGCAUAAUGACAUAAGAAGACAUAAUUCCCUCAGAAGCAAAGUAUCUAUAGUUAAAGAUAAAGUCGAAACAUCAGGCUUACAGGCUUCAAGCUUUGGUAAAAGGUUUUUGAUACGUGGAAAAAAGCUCAUGAAGUCUGCUGGCAAUGGUGACUAG